GUGUGCCUGGAAGACGCUUUCAUGACACACUCCCACCCUUCUCAGCGACACACAACCACAUCGCACGCCGCCGUUCUAGCCCUCGCCGCCCCGUCCCUCCCCGUCCCCUCCGCCGCUCCGACGGCGCCCUCGCCGCCGCCUGCUAUGGGGGUGCUCACAUCGACGGAGCUCAACUUCCUCGUCUUCCGCUACCUGCAGGAGUCAGGUUUUAUUCAUGCUGCAUUUACUCUAGGUUAUGAAGCUGGGAUCCAUAAGGGUGGCAUUGAUGGCAAUGCAGUCCCACCUGGUGCUCUUAUCACUAUUGUGCAGAAAGGCCUCCAGUACAUAGAACUGGAAGCAAAUAACGAUGAGAAUGAUGAUGAAGUUGAGAGGGAUUUUGCGCUUCUGGAGCCACUUGAAAUCAUCACAAAAGAUGUUGAAGAGUUGCAACAGAUUGUGAAAAAGAGGAAAUUGGAGAGAUCUCAAACUGAACAUGAGAAGGAUAAGGGAAAAGAGAAAGAACGUAAUGAGGAGCAUGAACGACGUCCUGUUGGCGAACGGGAGAGGGAACGCCAUGACAAAGAAAAAGAGCAAGUCAGGGAGAAGGAUAGAUCUGAAAAAGAUAAGGACCAUGAUAAAGAGAAGGAGAAAGAGAAAGAAAGAGAAAGGCAGCAUGCAGAGCGUAUUGAUAAGGUUAAGCACGAGGAUGAUUCUCUUGCUGGUGGAGGUCCCACUCCAAUGGAUGUAAGUACAACUGCUCAGGAGAUAUCUAACACUGAUGUUACUGUUUUGGAAGGACACAGUUCAGAGGUUUUCGCUUGUGCAUGGAGUCCAACUGGUUCUCUUCUAGCUUCUGGGUCAGGAGACUCAACCGCUAGAAUCUGGACAAUUCCAGAUGGUCCAUGUGGUUCCAACAUGCAAUCAUCUCCUCCCGGUGUUCAUGUUUUAAAACAUUUUAAAGGUCGUACCAAUGAAAAGAGCAAGGAUGUCACCACACUUGACUGGAAUGGUGAAGGUACACUACUGGCUACGGGCUCCUACGAUGGACAGGCAAGAAUAUGGAGUAGAGAUGGAGACCUUAAGCAGACACUGUUCAAACACAAGGGACCCAUAUUUUCAUUGAAAUGGAAUAAGAAAGGAGAUUUUCUCCUAAGUGGAAGUGUUGAUAAAACUGCUAUUGUUUGGGAUACAAAGACAUGGGAAUGCAAGCAGCAGUUUGAAUUUCAUUCAGCUCCAACACUUGAUGUUGAUUGGAGAAAUAAUAACUCUUUUGCAACAUGUUCAACCGAUAACAUGAUCUAUGUAUGCAAGAUUGGGGAACAGCGUCCAGUUAAAACAUUCAGUGGUCAUCAGAAUGAAGUUAAUGCUAUCAAGUGGGAUCCGACUGGUUCUUUUUUGGCUUCAUGUUCUGAUGAUUGGACAGCAAAGAUAUGGAGUAUGAAACAAGACAAAUGUUUAUUCGAUUUCAAGGAGCAUACCAAGGAAAUAUACACUAUUCGGUGGAGCCCAACAGGCCCAGGAACAAACAAUCCUAAUCAGCAGUUGCUGUUGGCUAGAUCAAGUACUUAGGCAGCCACGUACAGGAAGGAUGGAGAGAUCAAAUCCAAGAGAAGGGAAAAGAAGAAUGGAAGAAACUGAGAGUAUGAAUGACAUCUAUAUAUGUGAAUUUGAGAAUAAUGCCACCGGCUGCUGCUGCCGGCUGUUAAGUAAUAUAUUUUCUCUCAUAGGGUAUUUUCUGUGUGUAGAAUUAUGGUGGGAGGUAGACAUGGUGGGAGGUGGAGCGGCGACCUGAGAGAGACGGCGGCUGGGGGAAAAAGCGGCGGCUGAGGGAGGCGGCGGCUGGUGGAGCAGCGGCGCCCUAGGGCACGGCGGCUAUGGAGGCGGCCAGGGGGUUAGGGCAGCGGAAGGGUAGGGAUCGGGAGGGUAUAAACCCAGUAGCUUGAUACCAUGUAGAAUUGUGGCAAACACCUCAUACCCCUUGGGUUGGGUGGCUUUGUUUAUAUAGUCAAUAAUGACUUGAGUUACAAGUAAGCAAUAUACAAUUAACCCCCUAGAUAUACAUAUAUCUAACACUCUGCCACCAGAUAUCAAAUAUAAGGGCUAUUAUUUUGACCCUGAGUAGAGCCGCAUGGAAUCACAUUUGUAGUGCGAUUCUACAGAUCCUAGGUUACGUAACACGAUCCUGGUUCGAUACUACCCAAAAACGAUUUGUAUCAUCUAGUCUGGGUAGUAUCGUAGUAUCAUACGAUACCACGACACGUGUCAUGAUACUGAUAACCUUGGCUAAAUCUUUUGAAAUUUGGUUGAUGUUAUACUGCAAAUUAUCAUUCUAAUUAGUUCCCUUGAAGUUUGUAGGGUAUACUUUGGUUAUCCAUACUGGACUCACAACUGUGGUUCUUUGAGAUCUAGUAUCAUGAUUAGUAGUGUUAUUGUGAAUCAGUUUUCCUUGCGUAGUUGGUUAUUAGUGAUUCUCAUCAAGUAUCAUACUUCUUAUGUGUGGCAUACAUAGCACCAUUUGUUCCAAGAAAAAAGAAAACAUCAUGGAAGAACAGAAAAUGGUGAACAGUAACAAAAUUUGCUGCAUUUGGUUGGAGAAUUUGGUACUAUACCUAGUUCCAGCCAGUUUAGGAUUUGGAUUAUUAUCUCAUAAUAAUUGCUGCUGACUGUUCACAUACAGAGAUAAGAUCAUUGUUAUAGAUGUAACUAGGAUUGCACGACUGUCUCGAGUUGGUUUCUUGCCAAGUAGGACCAGAACUGCAUCACAGCAUUGAUUGACUAUUCUGU